UCAUUCCUUUCGAUUCACUCGCGUGUAAUUGCGAUAAUAAUAACCUCUACCAAAUUAUUUCAAUUUCAAUUAUUAAUUGCAUAUUAUUGAGGAUUGGGGGAAGUACGAAGGAAAUUUUUUGGUGGCCAUGGCAUCUUUUUUGAAGUUGAGACAAGUCCUGAGGGCUGACAUCCUCCAGAAGAUUUCAGUGAGGAAUUUAUCUCGAGGAAGUGUUUUAUUCGAAGAAGAGGAUGAGGGUAAUGAGGUGAGCGAGAGUCCAGAGGGUAAGAGUGAAAAUAUUCAUCCUUCCAAGGAUCGGAGGAAACCGAUGCCCGUGGAGACGAGCAUUCGAUAUUUAGCCAGUGAAGCAUACAAGGAGACUUAUGGUUCAGCCCCGGUGUGGAAGCCGUACAGGAGGAACCACAAGGGCGCAUUUCCCCCCCAGAAGACGAGGAAAACUUGCAUCAGGCAGGGAAUAAUCACAACCGGAAACGCCUGUCCCAUCUGCAGGGACGAAUACCUAGUGCUGGACCACAGGAACACUUCUCUCCUGAAUCAAUUCAUCUCUGAAUUCAAUGGGGAAAUAAUAAGUUAUAAAAAAACAGGAAUUUGUCAGAAGCAACACAAACAACUCCUGAUAGCUGUCCACAGAGCCAAGGACUACGGAACAAUAACAUUCGACGUUCCACAGAGAAAAUACAAUUACUCAGACUGGUACAAGCCAGAUGCAUCCUCAAAAUCCCCCGAAUUAUCCCCCAAAACAAUUCAGGAACACUCAUAAUUUAAUUA